ACGGCCAAUACACUCACUCCUAACCCGCCAGUGGAACUCCAUCUAAGGAACGACUACACUCCUAGUCUGCCUCCACAGACCAACAAGCACACAACCCAUCCAACAUGGCUGACCAGCUAACAGAGGAGCAGAUUGCAGAGUUCAAGGAGGCUUUCUCCUUAUUUGACAAGGAUGGUGACGGCACCAUCACCACCAAAGAGCUCGGCACCGUCAUGAGGUCGCUGGGCCAGAACCCCACAGAGGCUGAGCUGCAGGACAUGAUCAACGAGGUGGAUGCUGAUGGUAAUGGAACCAUUGACUUCCCAGAGUUCCUGACCAUGAUGGCCAGAAAAAUGAAGGACACAGACAGCGAGGAGGAGAUCCGCGAGGCUUUCCGGGUAUUCGACAAGGACGGAAAUGGCUACAUUAGCGCCGCAGAGCUGCGUCACGUCAUGACGAACCUGGGAGAGAAGCUAACGGACGAGGAGGUGGACGAGAUGAUCAGAGAAGCAGACAUCGACGGAGACGGACAGGUCAACUACGAAGAGUUUGUACAGAUGAUGACUGCAAAGUGAAGCUUGCCUGCCCCGUCCUGCCCCCUCUUAGAAGAAAAACAAACAAAAAAAGGAUAAAAAAAAAAAUCAAAAUGUUUUACUUACCUCUUGGAAAAAAUGUUCAUUUAUUCAUACUGUUUCUGUAUAGAAAAUAAUUGAAUGUUGAAAUAAAAUAUCCUUCUGUCCACACAGGAAAAAUAUAAAAACAUACAAAAAAUAUCUGCAUGAAAAUGGUUAGUGAUCCUGUCCCCUCCCCCCCGGAGAUCAGUUUAGCAUCAGUACUUAACAAGUAAAAAUAAUAACGACAAACCCUGUAACUCCCUUCAGACUAAAGCAGCAGCAUUUGGUGAACUCCUUCCAGUUCCAUUUGCUAGUGGUAAAGUCUGGGCUGGCCAUCUCUUCUUUCUCUCUGUUUUCUGUUCUUCAUGCAUGCAGCUUGAGACCGGAGCACUAACCUAACCCUCCGACCCCUCCCUCACCUCCGCCCCUCCUCCGGGCUACCAGAGCGUGCUGAUUCCACUAUGAGCUGUCCUCUUGUUGGUUUGGUACAGUUUUUUGUAUUUGGAGAGGAACUCUGUACUGUUAAGAUGAGAGAAUAUAACAGGUUCUAACUCAAGCGUUAAAGUGGAACGGGACUUAAUGUAUGCUAGAUAAAAAGUGGAAAAAACAAAACCCCACAAUGUACAAAAAACAUUUUCAAAUGUUUGGCAUGUUCUUUUGUUUUUGUUAUGUUAUUUGGACGGCCAUCUUAGUAGUUGUGCGUCCCGCCCUUUGAAAGGAGGGGGGACUUAAAGAGUCUUACGGUGAGCUUUCUCAUUUCUUUUUUCUUAUCUUUCUUUUUUCUCGCUGAGAUGCAGUGUCUGUCCUCUUUUCUUGCAAGAGAGAAUCACUGGCCUUCACUUUUCUUCUUCUGUUUCUCGACUCAGACGUGAGCAUAGUGAGGGGUGUACUGUGUUCGCAGCGCAUGCUGUUAGGAGUGUCGGCACACCGGUCUUUGCAGAUGUUCUUCUGAGUUCAGUUUACAUUCAUUCCAAGUUGUACAUGCUAGUCUUUAUUUCUUUUUUUCAAAUAAAAGACCAUGAACUUUA